AGAACGACGAUCACGACAACGACCACAGCAAUCAGGACCAGCCUCGUCAAGCCAAUUAACACGCCAAAGGUGGCCUCGACAGCAAGGCCCUUGGAGAUGAGGAGCAGAUUGGACUCUUCCCCAAUCGACCAUGACCCUGUCAAUCAACCAUGGCCCUAUAUCCAACCUCCGAAGUCGACGCUCUUCACAGAUCUUCCCGAGGCGGAGCAAACGGAGGCUCAAAAAGGUGGUUUAUUUGGUUUGUGUGGAUUGUGUGUUUAUUUGGACUCGAGACAACGGCCGCAACGGCAAGCAAUUGGGAAAGUCGGAAGGUAUCGGUAUUCGUUCUCGGGUGGGAUUUGCUACAGAAAAAAAAGGAUUUUAACGUUGUUUUCGAGCUCU